GUCUCUCCCAUAUAAUCUCUUGCUAAUACACAAGGUAAGUAUUAACUUUUCCGCAAAAAAGGUAAGUAUUAACUGCCUGCCUGCCUUGGCUGGGCUGGUAUGAGUAAAAGCUCUCGAUAUUCCAGAUAUCCCUCUGGCGCAGGUGCUCUCAUGCAGCAAAGAAAAAUCAACUUAAAUCGCGGUGUACGCGCUGCCGUUAACACUUUCCUAAUUAAUUAAUUCAUUGUUUUUCGCCAAAGUUUGCUGCAAGCCUGCGAAUAUAUAUAUCCCUCCGCCCCUAGCUGCGCUUUCCGAAGCACCGAACCGAACAAAGGCAGGCACUCGUAUUUGUUUAAGGUUGGUGCCGAGCGAGGUCGACGGAGGCGGAGAAGAAGGCGGCCAUGGAGGAGGCGAGAGGGAAGGAGACGACGGAGGGGGUGGCCGCCGAUGUGAGCCUGAAGGAUCUGUCCAGGAGGCUCGAAGACUUCGCAAAGGAGAGGGACUGGGAGAAGCACCACAGCCCAAGGAACCUUCUGCUCGCCAUGGUCGGCGAGGUCGGGGAGCUGUCGGAGCUGUUCAUGUGGAAAGGCGAGGUGCAGAAGGGCUUGCCUGGCUGGGAGGAGAGGGAGAAGGAGCACCUCGGCGAGGAGCUCUCCGACGUGCUGCUCUACCUGAUCCGUCUCUCCGACAUGUGCGGCGUCGACCUCGGUGACGCGGCCCUGAAGAAGAUCGUGAAGAACGCCGUCAAGUACCCGGCGCCGUCAAAGAGCGCCUGAUGAGCGAACGCCUAAUAUGAUCUGCGGAGGGAUUGUCUACUUUUUUGCAGUUUGAGAACGUGAACUUCCGGCAAACUUGUGGUCGGUUGGGUCAAGUUAAAUUGUGAUAGUUUCAGAUUGUGGCGUACGCCAGACAAUAUAAGUUACUACCCUGAAUUUGCCAUGAAAUUCGCCGUACAGCCAUUGUCCACGGCAGAUACC